CUGCGCUUUUCAUUGGGCCAUACUUUUCUUUUUGUGUCUGCAUAUUUGAAGAUAUACGUCUGUCGCUAUGUUGAUACCCAUUUCGAGUGUUUACAUCCUCUGGAAGACGUCAACGUCUCGAAGCGUAUGCGUGGCGUUAAAUCUCGUUCCAAAAAUUUGUUAUGUAAAUGGGACAACUGUGAGAUGGGUUUAAGCAGAGGCGAUCUAAGGAAGCAGUUCUCGUGGUUAAAGGAACACUUUCUUACCCGUCACUUUCGUAAGGCAAAACCAUACUGCUGCUUAAUUGAUGGAUGUUCAGCCAGAUUUUCUUUUAAACGAGCUUUAGAGGAUCAUUUAAGAACAGGACAUGAUAAAGGUGUGGAGACUUACCUUCUUUCUUUCCAGUCACUUUUUACUUUCUUUUCUCUUUUUUUUUUUCAAAAAAAAUUGGUAACUGGGCAAAGAAAAAUGUUAUCGACAUGCAGGCUGAGUACAGCGAGGUUGCUUUUGUACUUUUUCAUAAGUCGCGCUGUCAAUAGGUACGCUGGUUUGCAAAUAGUUUGCAUGAUUAAAAAUAUAUUUUACUUUGUUUUAUCGGCUGUUUUUAGUAAAAAGGACGGAUAUUGA